CCAUACUUGAAAAUACAUUUUUUUCUGCAAAGUUUGUCAUUGUCACUGUGUGAAUGGAAUCUGUGAUGUGUUGUGGAAUUAAAAACGUGGAGUAAACGACCCGUAAUGGUUAAAGUGCCCGACGCAUCGGCGAUUGCAGUGCGAAUAACUAUGAAUUGAUACGAAAGUUGCAUAACACGUCGCCUGGUGUCGCGGUUAGUGUGUUUUUCGUCUCGUUUCGUUUCCGCCGCAGUCGCAGUUUCCAGAAAACCUCACCACACCAUACCACCACCACCACGCACACACACACAAACAAACACGCAGAGACGCGGCGGCGGAAAAAGUGUGCGGACCGCGGAUAUAGCCCCUCGUUCCGAACCCAAAUUGGAGUCUCCCAAAAACAGCGAAAUAUCGAGUGUGGCUUAGCCAAUGUGCCGUGCGAUCCCCGCUGCCCCCUCCGUACCGCUGCCACCCCCGCCACAGCACCAACGCUCACGGAUACGGACACCAAUACCAUCGCACUCAAGCACAGCCGACAAAGAAAGAGCGCUCUCUCUUCCUCUUUGUACAGUUAGUUCCUACAGCUGAAUCAGCCAAAAGGGAAUUACUAGGCCCAUUCCGAGGCGCAGUUUGCAUGUGAAACGGAGGUGCCGGCAGAACCACACAGAAUCCAAAACCGCAGAUCCCCAUCCCCGCUGCACGGAUAAAGGAAACAUACAACCAUGAGUCUCCUAGCCACGCCAAUGCCCCAGGCGGCCACCGCCUCAUCUUCUUCAUCCGCAUCCGCGGCCGCCUCGGCCAGCGGGAUUCCGACCACCGCCAACAACAACCUGCCUUUCGAGAAGGACAAGAUCUGGUACUUCAGCAACGAUCAGCUGGACAAUUCGCCAAGCAGACGAUGCGGCAUCAAGGGCGACGAUGAGCUGCAGUACCGCCAGAUGACCGCCUAUCUGAUACAGGAAAUGGGUCAGCGUCUGCAGGUCUCCCAGCUGUGCAUCAACACGGCCAUUGUGUACAUGCAUCGGUUCUACGCCUUCCACUCCUUCACCCACUUUCAUCGAAACUCCAUGGCGUCGGCAAGCCUAUUCUUGGCCGCCAAGGUAGAGGAGCAACCGCGGAAGCUGGAGCAUGUUAUUCGGGCCGCCAACAAGUGCCUGCCGCCGACCACCGAGCAGAAUUACGCCGAACUCGCCCAGGAGCUUGUGUUCAACGAGAACGUGCUCCUGCAGACGCUGGGCUUCGAUGUGGCCAUCGAUCAUCCGCACACGCAUGUGGUGCGCACCUGCCAGCUGGUCAAAGCAUGCAAGGAUCUGGCGCAGACAUCGUACUUCUUGGCCUCGAACAGCCUGCAUCUGACCUCGAUGUGCCUGCAAUACCGCCCCACGGUCGUAGCCUGUUUCUGCAUUUACCUAGCCUGCAAGUGGUCCCGAUGGGAGAUCCCCCAGUCGACCGAGGGCAAGCAUUGGUUCUACUACGUGGACAAGACGGUCUCGCUGGAUUUGCUAAAGCAGCUGACUGAUGAGUUCAUCGCUAUCUAUGAGAAGAGCCCCGCCCGUCUAAAGUCGAAGCUUAACUCGAUCAAGGCGAUCGCACAGGGAGCCAGCAAUCGGACAGCUAACAGCAAGGACAAACCCAAGGAGGACUGGAAGAUCACCGAGAUGAUGAAGGGCUACCAUUCAAACAUCACGACACCACCAGAGCUGUUAAACGGCAACGACAGCCGGGAUCGUGAACGGGAGAGAGAGCGGGAACGGGAUCCGUCGUCGCUACUGCCGCCACCGGCUAUGGUGCCGCAGCAAAGACGACAGGAUGGUGGCCAUCAGCGCUCGUCCUCAGUGAGCGGAGUGCCAGGUAGCAGCUCUUCGUCGUCUUCCUCCAGUCACAAGAUGCCAAAUUACCCUGGUGGCAUGCCGAACGACGCUCAUCCGGAUCACAAGUCAAAGCAGCCAGGCUAUAGCAAUCGAAUGCCCUCAAGUCACCAGCGUAGUAGUAGCAGUGGACUCGGUUCCUCGGGAGGUGGCAGCCAGCGCAGCAGCUCAUCCUCGUCGUCUUCAAGCCAGCAGCCUGGCCGACCGUCUAUGCCCGUGGACUAUCACAAAUCCUCGCGGGGCAUGCCCCCGGUAGGCGUGGGCAUGCCACCUCACGGCAGCCACAAGAUGACUUCGGGCUCCAAGCCUCAGCAGCCGCAGCAGCAGCCACCGGUUCCACAUCCAUCCGCCUCUAAUUCCUCUGUAUCGGGCAUGUCCUCCAAGGAUAAAUCCCAGAGCAACAAAAUGUAUCCGAACGCACCGCCGCCAUACAGUAAUAGUGCCCCUCCAAACCCGCUGAUGUCGCGUGGUGGAUAUCCAGGCGCUAGCAAUGGAUCCCAGCCCCCGCCUCCGGCCGGAUACGGCGGGCAUCGCAGCAAAUCCGGCUCCACCGUCCAUGGCAUGCCGCCUUUCGAGCAGCAAUUGGCCUAUUCCCAGAGCCAGAGCUACGGCCACAUGCAGCAGCCAGUGCCUCAGUCUCAGCAGCAACAGAUGCCUCCGGAGGCAUCCCAGCACUCGUUGCAGUCCAAGAACUCGCUCUUCAGUCCAGAGUGGCCAGACAUUAAAAAAGAACCCAUGUCGCAGUCGCAACCACAGCCUUUCAACGGUUUGCUACCCCCUCCUGCGCCACCAGGCCACGAUUACAAACUAAAUAGCCAUCCGCGUGACAAAGAAAGUCCCAAGAAAGAGCGACUAACGCCCACCAAAAAGGAUAAGCACCGUCCUGUCAUGCCCCCCAUGGGCAGUGGGAACAGUUCCUCCGGCUCGGGAUCAUCAAAGCCGAUGCUACCGCCUCACAAGAAACAGAUACCCCAUGGCGGGGACCUGUUGACCAAUCCUGGAGAUAGUGGAAGCCUAAAACGGCCCAAUGAGAUCUCGGGAAGUCAGUACGGAUUAAAUAAGCUGGAUGAAAUAGAUAACAGUAAUAUGCCGCGAGAGAAGCUUCGCAAGCUGGACACUACAACUGGACUACCAACUUAUCCGAGCUAUGAGGAGAAACACACGCCUCUGAAUAUGUCCAACGGGAUCGAGACAACGCCGGAUCUGGUGCGCAGCUUGCUGAAGGAGAGUCUGUGUCCAUCGAACGCUUCGCUCUUGAAACCCGAUGCCUUGACUAUGCCUGGCCUAAAACCACCGGCCGAACUGCUUGAGCCCAUGCCCGCGCCAGCGACAAUCAAGAAAGAACAGGGAAUAACUCCGAUGACCAGUUUGGCUAGUGGGCCCGCACCCAUGGAUUUGGAAGUACCCACCAAACUGGCCGGAGAGAUUAAGGAAGAAAGCAGCAGCAAGUCCGAAAAGAAAAAGAAGAAGGAUAAACACAAGCACAAGGAGAAGGACAAGUCCAAGGACAAGACGGAAAAGGAGGAGCGUAAGAAGCACAAGAAGGAUAAGCAGAAGGAUCGUAGCAACAGCGGUGGCAGCAAGGACAGUUCUCUUGCCAAUGAGCCUCUGAAGAUGGUUAUCAAGAAUCCCAACGGCAGCCUGCAGGCCGGUGCGUCAGCUCCCAUUAAGCUUAAGAUCAGCAAAAAUAAGGUUGAACCCAAUAACUACUCUGCAGCGGCGGGUCUGCCGGGCGCAAUCGGAUAUGGCUUGCCUCCAACUACGGCUACCACCACGUCCGCCUCGAUCGGAGCAGCUGCUCCUGUUCUGCCUCCUUAUGGUGCCGGCGGUGGUGGCUACAGCUCAUCGGGUGGCAGCAGUUCCGGUGGCAGCAGCAAGAAAAAGCACAGCGAUCGUGACCGCGACAAGGAGAGCAAAAAGAAUAAGAGCCAAGACUACGCGAAGUACAAUGGCGCUGGUAGCGGCAUCUUUAAUCCCCUUGGCGGUGCUGGCGCCGCACCCAAUAUGUCUGGUGGAAUGGGCGCCCCCAUGUCUACUGCUGUACCACCAUCCAUGCUGUUGGCGCCCACCGGUGCAGUACCACCCUCUGCCGCUGGGCUGGCACCGCCUCCCAUGCCCGUCUACAACAAGAAGUAGUGGUAGCGGUCAGAGGGUUAUCAUUAAGUCGUACGUUUUGAUAUAUGUAUAGAACCUCAGUAAGUCCAAUUGUAGUAUAGUUGUUAGGAUUGUUAGUGAGAUGCAUUAUUGAUUUUAGUUAAGCACGUAGCGAGAACUCCAAAAUUGGGAGUGAAGCCGGAUGCGCAGAAGAAGAAGAGUGAAAGUGGAGGUCGCGAUGGGGCUGAACGUAAAAGCAGAACUCAAACCGCGAAAACUUUUGUACAGCAUUAAUUAAUUUAUAACUAUAAUAAAUAGAAUACACAUAAGCCCACAUACAUAAAAGUACGGAAUAGUUUUAAGCGAGUUGUUGGAAAACGGAAUCAGAGACGCAAGCAGAAAAUACACAGAGAGCAGCAAUGGCCGUCUAGCGUUUAAGUUAGCAAAUCAAAUACCCGUUACACACACUCUAAGCUGUAUAUAGCCACUCACAAACACACAAUCAAGAGAUAUAUAGUACAGACUUCCGCUUAGCAAAUAUACUAAAUACGGCCCCAACUAAAUGCAAGCCAGAGAGAAAGGAGGAGUAAGAGCUUCAGAAUAAUCCCCACAGAGGAGCAUAUAGUUGUGGCAGAGGAUAGGAGAGUAAAUGGAAAGCCAGCGCUUUGAUUCAAAAUUGAAGACGCCAAACCACAUAAUGAAUUAUUUUAUUAAUACAUAGUUGCUAAUCCGAAAAUGAAUGAAGAUGUUUAUUUUUAGUUAGCAAAGUUUUCCCUUCCUUUUUGAACGAUUGCCCGAUUACUAACCGUGUUUCAAAAUAGUUUUCGACACCUAGCAAUAUAUACAGUAGUGUAUUUACAAUUUUCAAUGGAGAUAAGUAAAAAUAUCGGAUUGUUUCAGCGGAUGAUAUUAUGUUUCAAGAUCGCCUGGAACGUUGACGUAGCUUUCAUUUGUUUUUAAUUUAUUUUUUAAAUAGCAUUACGAAACAGAUUACCACAAAACAAAAACAAA